CCCUCCGUCUGGGGGAGGGGAGUCUGGGGAGAAGGUUUGCGUUUUCCUCCUCUGGACUUUCUCCUAGGGAGACCGGCUAGCUGCUCGCUCUCUACGCUUUUCCCAGGUUAGGCGCCUGGAAAACUUCACGUCCUGCUUUCUCCUGCUCCAGGCUCCGCCCCUGCUCCAGAUCCUCUGUUCCUCUGGCCCUACCCAUCCCGGCCACUCCCUACCCGCUGCCUCUAGCGAGAGCGUGUGGGGACCUCUCUGCGCCUGUCCUAGGCCCAAAGCUGGCUGCGAAUAUCAAGUGUCACUCUACUGAGGAACGCGGGCACCCGCUCCUGAGGCGGUCCCCUGAGCUUCCUCCUUUCCGAGAAGCGCUGAGCGCAGUCGGCAGUUCUCUAGUGUCUUAGUCACUUAGCCCUUGCGAGGCCCUGGGCGAAGCUUUCACCGUGUCCCACGAGUUCCAGCAGGAGUCUUGAACUUGAACGCACUCUUGGGAUUUGUCAGUCGAAAGAGUGGGCGCAGCAGCCCUGCGGAACCCAAAAGCAAAGGCACAGGCGAAAGGGCACAGCGAGGGUGCGCCGAGGGCGCAGCUGGGCAGCUCAGCUCCGUCGCGGGAGAAGUUCUCACCGAGCUGGGGAGCGCGGCGGACGCUCCCUGGGCGCACACCCUGGCAACCUCGUCCCCAGCCCUCUGGACUGUCCUCAGGCUGUGAGGAGGAGCUUGCUGGAGACUUCGAGGUUGUCCAGAGCCAGCGAGCCGGAGCGCGGAGUCUCCCGCCUAAGCUAGGAAGGGGGAGUGGCGCUGGCUGGUUGGAGCGGGGAACCCAGAGAGCGCCUGACCUCCCUAACUCUUCCUUACGGAGUUUCCUACUUGGGCUACAGGGAAAGUUCUAGCUGUCGGAGCCCUUUUUCCUAGAGGACUGGUGAUGGAUCUCCUGCUGCUGCCCCCUCAGGGGCACUUGGAGCGUCCUGGUGGCGCGUGAGCCGGGCACUGCCCUCAGCGUGUCCCGCCUGGCAGCUUUUCCCAAGCCGCCUUCUUUUCCCAGCCCAAAGCCUCCCGGAUUCCAGGAGAGAGAGAGAAAAAGGUGGCCUUCAGGCACAGCUUCUCCGAGAUGUCGGCACAGAGCCUGCUCCACAGCGUCUUCUCGUGCUCCUCGCCCGCAUCUGGCGGCGCGGCCUCAGCCAAGGGCUUCUCCAAGAGGAAGCUGCGCCAGACCCGCAGCUUGGACCCAGCCCUGAUCGGCCGCUGCGGGAGCGAGAAGGGCCCAGAGGGCUGUGCCCUGGGGGCCACACCAGGCCGCCUCUGCUCCCCGCACCCGCUAGCCGAAGGUCUUGGCCACCGCUCGGAGCCUUCUCCCAGGAGUCCCACCUCUUGGGCCAACCGGCUCCCAACACCCAGACCUCUUUGCUCAUCCUUCUCCACACCCAGCACCCCGCAGGAGAAGUCACCUUCUGGCAGCUUCCACUUUGACUACGAGGUCCCCUUGGGCCGAAGUAGUCUCAAGAAGAGCAUGGCUUGGGACCUGCCUUCGGUCUUGGCCGGGCCAGGUAGUGGCCGCAGCACCACCAGCAUCCUCUGUUCCUCUGGAGGAGGCCCCAAUGGCAUCUUUGCUUCUCCCAGGAGGUGGCUCCAGCAGAGGAAGUUUCAGCCCCCAUCCAACAGCCGUGGUGGCCACCCCUACAUCGUGUGGAAGUCCGAGGGUGAUUUCACCUGGAACAGCAUGUCGGGCCGCAGUGUGCGGCUGAGGUCAGUCCCCAUCCAGAGUCUCUCAGAACUGGAGCGGGCCCGACUGCAGGAAGUGGCUUUUUAUCAGUUGCAGCAGGACUGUGACCUGAGCUGUCAGAUCACCAUUCCCAAAGAUGGACAAAAGAGAAAGAAGUCUUUGAGAAAGAAACUGGAUUCCCUAGGAAAAGAGAAAAACAAAGACAGAGAAUUCAUCCCACAGGCAUUUGGAAUGCCCUUGUCCCAAGUCAUUGCCAAUGACAGAGCCUAUAAACUCAAGCAGGACUCGCAGAGGGAUGAGCAGAAGGAUACAUCUGAUUUCGUGGCUUCUCUCCUGCCGUUUGGAAAUAAAAGACAGAACAAAGAACUCUCAAGCAGUAACUCAUCUCUCAGCUCCACCUCAGAAACGCCAAAUGAGUCCACUUCUCCCAACACUCCGGAACCAGCUCCCCGGGCCAGGAGAAGGGGUGCCAUGUCAGUGGAUUCCAUCACCGAUCUGGAUGACAACCAGUCUCGACUGCUAGAAGCUUUACAACUCUCCUUGCCUGCUGAGGCGCAAAACAAAAAAGAAAAAGCCAGAGAUAAGAAACUCAGUCUGAAUCCUAUUUACAGACAGGUCCCCAGGCUGGUGGACAGCUGCUGUCAGCAUCUGGAAAAACAUGGCCUCCAGACAGUGGGGAUAUUCCGAGUUGGAAGCUCAAAAAAGAGAGUGAGACAAUUGCGUGAGGAAUUUGACCGAGGGGUUGAUGUCUCUCUGGAAGAGGAGCAUAGUGUUCAUGAUGUGGCAGCCUUGUUGAAGGAAUUCCUGAGGGACAUGCCGGACCCCCUUCUCACCAGGGAGCUGUACACAGCUUUCAUCAACACUCUCUUGUUGGAGCCGGAGGAACAGCUGGGCACCCUGCAGCUCCUCAUCUAUCUUCUACCUCCCUGCAACUGCGACACCCUCCACCGUCUCCUUCAGUUCCUCUCCAUCGUGGCCCAGCAUGCCGAUGACAAUGUCAGUAAAGAUGGACAAGAGGUCACUGGCAACAAAAUGACAUCUCUAAACUUGGCCACCAUAUUUGGACCCAACCUACUGCACAAGCAGAAGUCAUCAGACAAAGAAUUCUCGGUCCAGAGCUCGGCCCGGGCUGAAGAGAGCACAGCCAUCAUUGCUGUAGUGCAGAAGAUGAUUGAAAAUUAUGAAACCCUGUUCAUGGUUCCCCCUGAUCUCCAGAACGAAGUGCUGAUCAGCCUGUUAGAGACCGACCCUGACGUGGUGGACUAUUUGCUCAGAAGGAAGGCUUCCCAAUCAUCAAGCCCUGACAUGCUACAGUCGGACGUUUCCUUUUCCAUGGGAGGGAGGCAUUCAUCCACAGACUCCAACAAGGCCUCCAGUGGAGACAUCUCCCCUUAUGACAACAACUCCCCUGUGUUACCGGAGCGCUCCCUGCUGGCUAUGCAAGAGGACAGGGCCCCGGGGGGCUCGGAAAAGCUUUACAAGGUGCCAGAGCAGUAUAUGCUGGUGGGCCACUUGCCGUCGUCAAAGUCUAAAUCAAGAGAAAGUUCUCCAGGACCAAGGCUUGGAAAAGAUAUGUCGGAGGAACCUUUCAAUAUCUGGGGAACUUGGCAUUCAACAUUAAAAAGUGGAUCCAAGGACCCAGCAAUGACAGGUUCCUAUGGCGACAUUUCUGAAAGCAGCUCCCUGCGACCGGGGCCCUGCUCCCUUUCUCAGGGGAACCUGUCCCUGAACUGGCCGCGGUGGCAGGGGAGCCCGGCAGAGCUGGACAGAGGCACUCAGGUGAUGCGCAGGACUCAGACGGCGGCCACAGUGGCACAGUGCGGCGCGCACCUUCGCGUGUCGCGGGUCUGCAGCACUCCCCACCUCCAGGCGGGCGGCGGCGGCGCAGGCGGGCGGCCGGCGGCCAGGUCCGAGCCGUACUUGCGCCUGAGCAGCGCCGAGGACCUCGCCGAGGGCGAGCGGGACGAGGCGAGGCUGCCUGGCCGGGCGCAGCCCGCGUCCCAGAGACCUCGGGAGGGCGGCAGGGAUGAUCGCAGGCCCCCGCCCCCUUACCCAGGCCCGGGGAAGCCCCCGGAGCCGCCGCUGUGGCGGCUGCAGCGGCCGGAGGAGGGCUCGGGCACGGCUUCGGACGAGGGGGCCCCGCCGGCCGAGCGGGAGCCCCAGGCCGCGCCGAGAAAACGCAGCAGCGGCGCCUACGCCCUCCCGGGCGGGGAGCAGAGCGGCCCGAACUUGGGGGAAGCCAGCUGGCUCGACUGGCAGCGAGAGCGGUGGCAGAUCUGGGAGCUGCUCUCCACCGAAAACCCCGACGCCCUCCCGGAGACCCUGGUGUGAGCCCACCCACUGCAGCCAGCAGGAGCCGCUCCCUCCUCGACGCCCCUCCCCGGCCAGCCGGGCCCGCGCGCCGCUGGCCCACUGGACACUGCCU